AAAAAAUAAUUUUCAAAUAGCUAUUUUUUAAGUAAAGUCAUUAACAUUACGACAUCCUUUAGUCUGAAACACUUUUCUCGAAUGCUUUAGUUUCGAAGUAUUUAACCAUUUCGGAGCUACUAAUACUCCUAUACAAUUUUUUUUAUUUUUUGGAGAUACUUUAAAAUACUUCAAAUUAAUAUUUAAAAAUAAGAUAAUGCUUUAGAAUAUAUAAUUUUUUAAGGAGAUAAUACUCUUUAAAAUAUUUAUAUUAUUUAUAUUUGCAUUGUAUUUUACGCGCGCGCAAAUUUGUCUCUAGCUUAAAAAAAUCAAUUAUCGGGAAACUUAAACGUCGCUUUAAAUUUCGCGCCAAAAGGUUUAAGAUUCGUUGAUCGAACUGAAGUAGGUGGCGGAUUUGAAUCUCGAGGGCUAACUUCUCGGAGGACGCGGAACGCUGUAUGGAACGGUGCGGCAAGUAAGGACUACGCGGAAAUCUUUCUUGAGAAAUUGCAAAUGUGUGGCGUGUCGAAAUCUCGCAUCCGAUUGUUGCUUCUAGAAAAGCUCCCGCGUGUGAAACUUCAUAAAAUCUCGGUAAGCCCCCAACGAUUGGCAUGCGGCUCGAUUUACGCACAGAUUUUACGACCGUUACGAUCAUUGAUCGGGAUACUCGAUAACCUAUACUUCUACGAGUAAAGGAUUCUUCGUCUUAGGCGAUCUGUAUCAAGACGAACGAGCGAAAUUCUGGCAUCUUCGAAAUGUGGAACUCGGAAAAAGAAACCCGAAUUCUCUGUCGCCUAAUGUGGCGUGGCCAACGCGAUGGCGGAUGGGCGAUCGGAAGAAGAAAACCCGCGAAUUUCGCGGUUAAACGCAGGUCAGUACGAAUUCAAAAAAGAUCCGCGAGAUAUCGCCGGAUGCUGCAUCGCGGCGCUCGUAAGAAGAUUCCGUGGUAGCCGCGGAGAGGAGUAGCAGGCCAGCGUGACGAAUUAUACGAGACCGGCGGGAGAUCGUUGUCCGUAGCCGGUGCGCGCCGCGCGGUCGACGACGGCGGCGGCGGCGGAGGCGGAGACGGGUAGGAGUCGGAGGGGGCAGGGGACGAUGGAGGUCGCGAGGCCUCGGGCGGCCUGGAGCCGAGCGCACUUCAGUCGAUUGCGAGCGGUUCAGGUCGGUCGCGUCGUUCCGCACGCUCGUGUCCGCGCAUCGCCGGCGUGUCUGUCGCGCGGAGCCGAUCGCCGAUCGUGUCGACCGCUCCGGAUCCCUCGAUCGAUCGACGAUCGUUGCCGCGGGCACUCGUUCCUCUCCUCCUCCUCCUCCUUUUCAUCGUCAUCGUCAUCAUCAUCAUCAGCAUCAUCAUCAUCUUCCUCAUCGGGGGUCGUUCGCACGCAUCAUCGCCGACGGCUCGCGGCACUUCGUUCCGGCGCCGUGCUGCGGGGUGGGUACCCGAGAACGUUGAGUAUCAAAAAUUCGUGGCAGUAAAUAGGACAGGACAUUAAUUGAACAGAACCGUGAUGGGAAAGCGGUCGUUUGGCGCAGCGCAGCAUCAGCCCGAGAGAAAGAAAAGAGGCACGGAUAAACUUCAAUUUCCGUGAAAAGACUCCGACGUCCUCGUCAUCGCCGUUGUCGUCGUCCUCGCCGAUCGUCGACCCCAUUACGCGUGGUUCUCGACUCGGAAAUGCCUCUCGGGGGAUCGUCGGGGAGAGAAGGAGGCUCGCGACGAAGCUGGCGCGACAGAGCGCGUGAGCUUGCGGCGAUGUGAAGCGGCGUGGACAAGCAGGAGGAACGACCGAACGCCGCUGGACUUCGAAGGGAAUGAGCUAUGGGUAUCCGCUCCUGAGCGUACGAUCGGAGCGAUGCGUUUUCACUCUACCAGCCGGCUUCCAUUACUCGCCGAGUAACCGAGCCCGAGAUACACGCAGCGCUGAGGCGGCAGCGGUCGAGGUCCUUCGGGGGAGAUAAGGCCAUCAGGACGAGAGAUCCGCGCGUUUCUUUAAUGGACGUUGCGCCGAUCCUCUCCUCGUUGCAUUCUGCCGCUGCCGAGUCGCCCGUUCGCGAGGAAGAAAACAAGAUUCGAGAGGAGGAAGAGAGGGACCUUGAGAUCUCCUCGCUUGCUGCGAGGGUUUUAUGGAUAUACCGGAGGGGUUCUAUCUUUCUCUCUCUCUCUCUCUCUCUCUCUCUCUCUCUCUCGGCUCUCGCGCGCUUACCUCGGAGUAUCCGCGCGAUAAUCUUCCAAUGACGCGGUCAGGAUGAUCGAUUGACGCGCGGCGAGAUCGAUGCGGGAUCGAUCUCUCGGUGAUGUAUACAUAUAGAUACCGAGUAUAUUACAGUGAUCGCUCUCUCGAAUAGCGCGCGAGGUAACGCUUGAACGCUGAAAGCGCUCGCGGACGAAUAGAUGCGCGUGCACCAGUGGAAACCGCAGUCGAGAUGUCGCGAAUUACGAAUCGCGUCGCCACGAUUGGCGCGGCCCUCGCCAUCGUCCUGCUCGUGAUACUCCUGGUGUUCCUCUGGUCGGACGUGCGCAACGUCGACAGGAUCGAGAGUCUCGGCCGGAUACGGAAGAAUUCUACGGCCGAGCCUGCGGUCAAUGAGACGCGGGGGAAGCUGUGGAUCGCCAGUGGCCUACGCAUCGCCACGACGGAUUUGAUCACCACGUUCGAGUCCAUCGAGCAGAAUCUCACGAACGAGGUACUUCCUGAGGGAAUACAGAAAACAAAGGAAUUUAAUAGUACAGCGUCGAUCGACUUAUUGCCGUCCGCUAAAGAUAAUCUGGAGUAUGUCAAACCUUUAAAAAUUAGUCAAAAUCAGUAUGAAGACCCACCCGAGCAGUUCUCCACGGCGAAGAGGCAUCACAGUGGCCACUUUCGGCACGCGACUGCCGAAGUCUGGGACCCUCAUCCGCAAUACGAAUUCACCGCCUUCGGAAGGCGAUUUCGUUUGCGUUUGGCCCACGACGCCAGUUUCGUAUCUCCCGACAUAAAGGUGACACACAUGAGCGAGAACACAACUAGGCGGGAACAUGCCGGUCAUCACUUGGGCUGCUUCUACAGCGGGUCAGUCGAUGGCGAUCCAAGUUCAGCGGUCAGUGUCAGCCUUUGUCACGGAAUGACUGGUCACAUGAGGACGUCGAUGGGCAGUUACUUCAUUAAACCCACGGAACAUUGGCGCGAAGACGACAAGGAUUCUCUCGGGUCUUCGUUACAGCAUGCGAUCUACCGCGUACCCACGGCCGCGACCAAUUUGAACGAUGACUUCGAUGCUUCCGAAAAUGGAGUUAAGAGUCGCAACUGUGGUGUGAUAGAUUACGACUCGGACGACGACAUCCCCUCCCCGUUAACAGACGAUAGUUCCGCUCGUAAAAUUUACGUCGGGGAGCGUUCGCGGGAGCGUAGAUCAUUGACGCGGAAAACCGCAUCGUUGGAGCGGUUUCCUAGAGAGGAGGAAGAGGAAUAUGAACGAUUCACCGAGCUGACCGAGCAUCGCCGGGAUUUUUUUCAGAGAUUGGAUCAUGAUGACAGGUAUUACAGUGUGGAUCGUGAACGCGGCUAUCAGAACGAAGAAUACGCACAGGACUCGGAGAUGGACACGGAUCCCUUCGUGACAUGGAGACCGCGGCGUGCCUUACCGCGUGAAUAUUUCAUCGAGAUCAUGGUGGUGGCUGAUGCAAAAAUGGUAGACUACCAUGGCAGUGGCUUGGUCAGCUACAUUCUCGUCCUGAUGAGCACGGUUUCACGGAUCUACAAGGAUCAGUCUAUCGGCAAUCCGGUGAGCAUCGCAGUGAUGAAGAUCGUCAAAACGGAGGAAGUAUUCGGUGUCAAGCAUAGCGGAAGCGACGGAAUCGCGGCGGCUGAAAUGUUGAAACAAUUCUGUCAGUGGCAGAAACGCAACAAUCCUGACGAGCCCUCUUCGGAACAUCACGACGCUGCGCUUCUAUUAACCAGAGAAAAUCUGUGCCACAAUCCGCGCCAAAAGCGUUGCGAUACUUUGGGCUUGGCCGAGCUGGGUAGAAUGUGCUCGCCCGGAGCUUCGUGCGCUAUCGUGCAGGAUAAUGGAUUAGCCGCGGCGUUUACCAUCGCGCACGAGAUUGGUCACGUACUUAACAUGCCGCACGACGACGACGCCAAGUGCGCGGGUUUCAGGAACCGCUCGGGCGUGCACAACGUGAUGUCCCGUAUGCUGGACGAUAAUACUUUUCCCUGGGAGUGGUCCAAGUGUUCUCGACACUAUGUCACCGAAUUUCUCGAAGCCGGAUACGCCAACUGUUUGCUCGAUGAGCCUAGUAAAAAGAUGGAGAGACAAGACGGUCGGUUACCCGGCGAAGACUACUCGGAGAACAAACAGUGCGAACUCGUCUUCGGGCAAGGAUCCAGAAUCUGUCCUCAUAUGGUGAGUGAUGUGUGUAGGAGACUGUGGUGCACCGCGCCACUGUGGGAUCAUCAUCAACAGUGUCACACUCAGCACAUGCCUUGGGCCGACGGCACAUCUUGUGGCGUCGACAAAUGGUGCCAUCGCGGUGAAUGCGUCUCGCGCAGGAACCUCGAGCCGGUGCACGGCCAGUGGGGCGAAUGGGGCAGAUACGGCGAGUGCUCGCGGUCCUGCGGCGGCGGUAUCAAGCGGAAGUAUCGCGAGUGCGACAAUCCGCCGCCGACGAACGGCGGCAAUUACUGCGUCGGCGAGCGCGUCAAGUAUCGCAGCUGCGGCACCAAAGAGUGCCCGCCAGGUAGCCCGGACUUCAGAGAAGAACAAUGCUCGAAAUUCGACAACAACAACUUCAACAUUCAGAAUCUUGCCAGAGAUGUCAAGUGGCACGCCAAGUAUACAAGAAUACUGCCGCAAGAUCGUUGCAAACUUUACUGCCAAGUGGAGAGCAAUCAGUAUUACAUGUUACGCGACAAGGUGAUUGACGGGACACCUUGCGGACCUGACACUUUUCACAUAUGCGUUAACGGCCAGUGCAAGCCCGCCGGAUGUGACCAUGUCUUAAAUUCGACGGUCGAACUUGACACCUGCGGAGUCUGCAGGGGUGAUAAUUCCACUUGUCAGAGGAUUGCGGGCGCCUACAACUCCAGCGUAUACGGUUAUACCAGGAUAGCUAAAAUCCCUGCUGGCAGCAGCUAUAUUGAUAUUAGACAGCACGGAUGGUCGGGCUCUCAUAACGACAGUAAUUACCUCGCGUUGCGAAUUGGGGAAGAUGGCGAAUACGUCCUGAAUGGAAAUUUUAUGGUAAUGCAUCGUAAGGUGAUCGUGCACCCAGGCGUCACUAUCGAAUACAGCGGACCGGAAUCGGUUGUGGAACGGCUGAACAGUUCCCGACCUAUUGCCAUUGAUUUAAUUUUGGAGGUAUUAUCCGUAGGGAAUGUUUAUCCACCACAAAUCACGUACGAGUACACUGUACCGAAAAGAAUUCUAAACAGUUUCACGUGGUUACUCAGCGACUGGUCGACCUGCAAUCGAAUGUGCCAGGGUAUGAAGUAUCGUAAGGCUGAAUGUAGAAGUACUGAGCAUAAGGAUGUGGUGCCUGACGCUUAUUGCAAAAAUGAAGAAAAACCGCAAGAAGAAAGUCAGAUUUGCAACGCGCAUUGUACAUUACAAUGGCAGAUUACUUCCAUGUCCGAAUGCUCGAAUCACUGCGGCCCGGGCAUGCGAACCGUCACCUCGCGAUGCGUUCAGAUUCUGCUGAAUUCUUCACAUCCUCCGCGACCGAUACCGGCUCACGCGUGCUUGCACAUCGAGAAGCCGAGCGAACAUCAAUCGUGCGUGGGCCCUUGCGACGACGCUCACUGGAGUUACAACGAAUGGAAUGCUUGUAGCGUGUCGUGCGGCGGCGGUAUACAAUUCAGAAACGCGAUAUGCGUUGAUUCAAACGAAAGACAGGUACGAGAUGAGAAUUGCGUCAGACAGGAGAAGCAUCUCAAGAGGACGUGCAAUCAAGAGGCUUGCCCGAAAUGGGAUCUGGGAGAAUGGAGCUCGUGUUCCGUAACCUGUGGCAAAGGAAAACGGUAUAGAGCCUCUUGGUGCCAGGUCGAGAAUCGCGUGGUAUCGCGUACUUUCUGCAGCGGUACACCAAUCGUAACGACGGAAGUCUGUGACGCCGGUUCUUGUCAUCAAUGGCACGCCGGCGACUGGAGUCCGUGUUCGGUAACGUGUGGCGAGGGAACGUCGCGAAGAAAGGUCGUUUGUAAGAAUGCAGACGAUUUACCGAGCGACGGAUGCUCUGUUUCUGAGAAACCAGACACCUCGGUUACCUGUACGCUAAAACCAUGCCCUAGUAUUAGUCUGCCGCCGAUUACGUAUUCAACGAAUUCCCAACGUGAAGAUUUGUCCCCACAAGAAAAUGAAAUUGACAACGGUAUUACAUUCCACUCGGGUUACAAAUGGCACAUCGGAUCUUACGGAGAGUGCUCAAGAAAAUGCAAUAUUGGAUACAAAAACAGAAUAGUGAGAUGUAUAUCCUCGGAAACUGGAAUGGUUGCGCCUGACUAUUUUUGCGAUUCUAAUCAACAACCGAUAGUCAGAGUCGCGUGCAAUCGACACCCAUGUCCAAUGUGGAAUACCGGCGACUGGAACGAGUGUGAUGCGAUAUGCGGUAUUGGAUUCGAGCAUCGUCAAGUUCGUUGUCAAAGUCAUCGUGGAGAAAUUUUGUCAGACAAGGAAUGUAACGACGAACGACCAAAACACGUGCGACGAUGUCAGAAAGAACCUUGCAGAAGCAGCCCUAAGAACAGCAGGGAAAAUAGUUUGGAGUCUAACAUCAUUCGUAGGUGGCGAAUGACUAAUUGGACUCCGUGUUCGAAAUCAUGCGGAACCGGAAUUCAGACGCGAAGAGUGGAAUGUACGAUAAGAAGAGGCAACCAUGGGCCGGAAGUACCUGUUAAGGACGAGCAGUGCUUAAGAUUGAAAUCGCGCAAACCGAAAUCGCAGAGAUUAUGCCAACGCGUUGCCUGCGAUUUUAUCUGGCAAGAAGGCACCUGGUCAGAGUGUUCGGCAGAUUGUGGCCAAGGAAUACAACGUCGUGCAGUCACUUGUCAUCGAGUAAAUCGCUACGGGUGGAUUGAUCCAACUCCAACUGAUGGUUGUCCGAUGGAUCAAAGGCCAGUCGGCGAGCAGAUUUGUAAAUUACGCGAGUGCAACGAUAAAUAUUAUUGGACUGCUGGUCCUUGGAGAAAAUGCAGUCAUCCGUGUGGACGGAAAGGUCAUCAAAUCCGUAGACUUUAUUGCCACGAUGCAGGCGGCAAGAAAGUAGCACGGAUUCACUGUCCAGCUGAAUACAAGCCGCAACGAAAGCGUAAGUGCAAUCAAAGAAGAUGCGGCCCGGUCAACUGUCUUGAAAUUCAGAAACGACUCAAAGUUACCACGGACGGUGAAUACCCCUUGUUAAUCGGUGGUAGAAAUAUGACGAUUUAUUGUCACGCAAUGUCGAGCACCGAGCCACGGGAAUACCUGACUUUGCCGGCUGGUGACAGCGAGAAUUACGCAGAAAUCUAUGACAAAAGAUUAAGAAACCCACACACAUGCCCGUUUAAUGGUCAAAGAAAUGAGAGUUGCAACUGUGUGUCCGAAUUGGGAACGGUAUCUGGCAGAACAAUGUUCAAGAGGGUACGCAUAGAUCCGGCGACACUCUACAUUAUAGCAAAUGAUUACACAUUUUCGUGGACGAAGGGAAUGCAACGUGUGGAGUAUGGCAAAGCCGGUGAUUGCUACAGCCUCACCGAAUGUCCACAAGGACGUUUCAGCAUUGAUUUGAGAGGAACUGCCUUGGGACUAUCGCCAGAAAUUGCCUGGGUUAAGGAAACUUCGAACGCUUUUCUCGUAAUCAAUAAAAUUAGUAAUCAACGAAUCGUCGGUAAAUGCGGCGGUUAUUGUGGCUUCUGCAAGCCGAGGACGGGCCUAAAGCUGGACGUAUUACCUCCCUAGUCACAGCCAUCAACCUUUGGUAGUUCAUCUAUCUGUCCUAUGAUCCCGCGACUGUAAGUCACGCGGUGUCAUAACCACCGAUUUGCUUUAAAUUCGAUUAGUUUUUUAGUAGUUCCCGAAAAAAGUAUACAUAUAUAUAUUUUUUAAAUUUAUGUAUACUUUUAUUACUGGAGAGAGCGAUACCGAAACUUAUGAACCGGCGAUCGAUAAGUAGAAUGCACAUGACACGAUGUACAAUCUAUCACUGCCGUCACGCAUGUGCGAUAUUAUACAAACUGAAAUUACAAGGUACAACUACGUGUUUAUAUAAAACCUGUCUCUAGAAAAAAAGAAAAGAGAGCAAAUAUUAUUAUUUUAGAAUAUAUUUGACAUAUCUUUAUAACUAAGCAUUUUUUUGUUGCAAUUCAAAUUUCUAACAGACAUAACAAUAUCGAAAUAUAUAACAAUCAUUACAUAAUUUCAUAUAUUUGUAAAAAAAUCCUUCUAUAUGUUUGUAUAAGAAAUACACAUGAUUAAUUUAAUAAAUAUUUCAAAAUUGCACUUUUAACCAAGCUAUUGCUAUUCGAUUAUGAAUAAUAAGUUUCUUUCGUAUUCCUUCCGACCCACCGACUAUUGCUUCCAUUAUACAUUAGCGCAUCAAUCGAAAUACAAACUUAAUGUACUCAAUAAUGGCACGUAUUCUACUUCACGAUUAAUAUUGUGCUCUCUUUCGAAGAUCAUACGAUCCUACAGUUUGCUUUUAUCGUAACGCACUGCCGUUUUCUACAAUGCCCCAUCGAUUUUAAAAACACAAAGAAGACAUUAAGAAGAAUUAAUACUUUAUUUUUACUAUUAAUAAUAAAGUAUUAAUGUAAUUGAGAUAAGUAUCUUGAUUAACAUCUUGAUACUAAAACAAUUCUGGUUUUUAGAGAUAUUCGAAUUUAUGAUUUUUUAUGUAAGUUGGACAUUUUAUACAAUGUUUUCUGCUUGCGAAAAAUGAGCUGUAGAAACAAACUUGUAAAAUUUAUUAAACAAGCUGUAGGAUAUUAAUUUUUCAUUUUAUUUGUAUCGCGCGCGCAUAGGAAAAUAUUAUCCGUUUUAUUUCGGAAGGUAUCGCAAUAAUAUUAAUAGCACAAACAUGUAUAAAAUGAAUGAAUUUACUAAUAAGGCUCACGCGUGUAAAGUAGUUUGAAAAUGGUAUAUGCGUAUAUUAGUUACUAACAUAGUUUCAUCUCAUAUCUAAAAGAAAUAAUAUUUUUUAUGGGAUGUUACGAAAUAAUUUUGCAAACUAUCUUUACUUAGAACGCAUCAAUCCUAUUUCUUUCUUAUUAAAGGUUGUCUUGUCAUUUUUUUGUCGUUUAACAAACGCAAUGCAUUUGAAGAGACUAACUAAGAUUUAACUCCUUCUCUUAAAAAGUAUUGAUGCUUUCAUUAAAAAGAAUUGGACUUCAAGCUGAAAAAAGUAAUAAAGUUUGUGAAAGUUAUUUAUUGACAUUCUGCAUUUAUCCGCGUAAUCCUUCUGAUGAAGAUUGAGCGUAAAAAUCCGUUUUCUAGCUACGUUAUAUACAAUCAUAUUAUAUUACUGAAGCAAAUCCACAAAAUUUGUACAAACGCCAAUAAUAUUUAUGCUAUGAAAUAGUGGUAAAGUCUAAGGAAAACUAUAUUGUAUUUUAUCGCAUCCCGCCAACUUAAGAACGAUGUCGGCGCGCAUGCGAUACCCCGAUUAGUCUUCUUACGUUAAACCACCAACAAAAUUGGUCAGUACAAUAAAACGCCUUUCUUUAACAAUUGCGACACUCGCGUCACUUAGAUGUGAAUGUGUUAAAGUGUCCACUUUGCUGGACGCUUAAUACAAUUCGGAUGACAGUUAGCUGUACUAUAUAAAUACGUGUAUUUUGACAGACUGCCAUAGUUAAUAUUAUUAUAUAUAGUAUAUAUAUAUGUGUAUACGUAAUUGUUAAGCGUAUAAUCUGCCAGUCUUGGCCGCAUUGUAGCAUAAUAAAUUUUAAUCAAAGUAGCAAUCAUAUAAUUUUUUUCCUACGAAAAGUGUACAUUUUUAUUAUUAAAGAUAAUCAAAAAAUUUUUCACUUUUAACGUUUCCGCCCUAAGAAAAAAAUUUCAUGAUUGCUAUUCAGGACGGAGAUAGUGCGAUCUAUCUCAUAAGCGCGCGAGUACGAACGCAUUUUUUUAAAUAAGCAUUUCCGAAGUGCUGAAAUUAACGACGUUGGUCUCUUGCGGUUUCGAUAAUGUGUAAAAACUCUAUGUGUAAAAGAAUGCGAUGUUUACUUAAUUCUUGUAUUAACGUUAGCAAAGUGGAUGGUGCUGAUUAGUAAAUCGAUAGCGAUGUGAUUACAUCGCGCGUGUUAAAGCGGCGACAUUAUCUGGCGUAUGUCUUACUUCCCUCUGAACAUGCCGAGUUUUAUGUGAGGCAUAUGGUGACUAUUGUAGAGUAGUACGCAGCUCAGCACCUUUAACUCGAUUUUGCAGAGAACGUAACUGCCGCAGAACCAAUUUAUAAGCGUGAAGAAAGGCACACUGUGCCGUAAACUUACAUAUCCAAUAUCGUAGGCAGCUAAUUGGUCGGUUGUUGCUCGAUAAUUAAGCGCACAAAAGAAUUCGUUGAUCUACAAUUCCAUCGUCGACACGUGUAUAAUGUAUAUUAAAAUGUCAUAAGUGUUCUAUUGCCUAUUAGAUGGGCACUUUCGCAAAUGCAUCUUCGCUAUCGUGAUAUACAGAGCCAUAGAGUUUACGUUCUUUUCUUCGUUGAUUUUUUUUACUUUAUUAAGUUUUAUAAGGAAAAAUAAAUGAAGGUAAAGUUAUUCUUUAGUUAAAAAUUUCAAUAAAUUUUAAUUUACUUUUUCUAAGAUUUAGUUACAGAAAGAUAUAUAAGAUUAAGAAUGGUUAACAAACUAAAUUCCACUUUUGAAUUAAUUUCAGGAACCAUUGGAAGAAUGUGCGGUGCAUCUAUCUAUUAUGUAUAUCAUGAUAGUUUAUAGAGAAAUAAAAAUAUAUUUAGAGAAAUAAAAAACAUCGGAUAAUUAUAAUAAUAAUAUAAUAAUUGACAAUCCGCCUUUUAUAUGUUUUUUAUUUUAAUCUAUAGAUGUAGACCGAUAUAAUAGAAUCGUCUUAUUAAUAGGUAUAAUUUCAAAGACUCUUUUCAAUGUAAAAGCUAUUGUCAGUUAGGGCAGAAUCUGAUGUAAUGAAGAGAUUCAUUGCUAGACAUUUUUCUAGGAAUGAUUUAUAAUAUCUAAAUUAUUUAUGUGUAACAUCAAGAUACGAUUCAAAAAAUGAAUUAUAUAGUCAAUUACAACAUCUAUAGUAUGUAUGCAUAUGAGAUUUCGCCAGCCUUUUUUAGUAACCGUUACUGCCAACUCCGAGUAUUUUUAUACAUACACGGCAAUUGUACAUUUUAUAUAAAUUUUAAUAAAUAACGACAUAUAUUUUUGUUUACUUUAUAACGCAAAGGUAGUUUUUCCACAAAGCUAGUUUUUGAGAAAGUCUUUAAUACUGGCUUUUUGCAAUGUGACGUGUGAUUCGUGAAGAUUCUAUAUGUAAACCAGUGUAUAUGUCCGAAUAAAAUAUGAAAUAUCUCUUAAAUACUAUUCGUUUUUAAUUAAAUAUUGAUAUUUUCAUAUGUAGAGAAGAAUUGACUUAUAAAAGAAAAAAACCGUAUUGUUAUAUUUAAAGAAAUAAGAGCGACAAUUUUUGGAAAAUUGAUGUAUAUCGAUACCUUGAUUAUUUCACUUACCGUUUUAACGAUGUUAUUUUAUCUAUGUUUAAUCAAUAACAUUAUCUUGGGUCACACCAAAGGUCCAUGUUA